AAUAUGGCUAAUGUAAUUGAACAAAUCGAAAUGUAUCUUGUUCCAUUCAUGGUAUUAGCUAGUGAUUUACGUGCUCUAUGGUUAGCUAAAAUGGAUGUGAAUUUUUCAAUGAUUUCACCAUUCGAUCGUAAUCAUCAUCAUCAGCUUCACUUAUUAACAACAAAUUGUUGUAUAACACCAAAAAUUUUACAUCAUCCAAUCAAUACUACUAAUACUGCUACUAUUAGUAGUAUUACACAAACACCGCAACCCCCAUCUACUAGUAGUCGAUUGUUGUUCACAAUGUCAUCACAUAAAACAACAACAACAACAACAACUGCAAAGCAUAAAUCUUUAUCAAAUUAUAAAUAUUUCAUACCAAUUGGACCAUUUAA